AUGGCAGACACUCUGAAGGGAGAUGGUGGUGAAUCCGGGCUUCCCAACGUGCCGACAGAAGUCCACACCUCGAGCUUAAAACUUAGCGAGAAGAACUACAGUUCUUCCGACGAGGACCAGAAGGAGGAAGCCAGAAAGAUCACUGGAUUCAAGUGGGUUUUGGUCGUGACUGCGAUUCUUUCUAGUCAUAUGCUCUUCGCUCUCGACAAUACUAUCGUUGCUGAUAUUCAACCGGCUAUCCUGAAUCAAUUCCAAAAAGCGGACAUGAUCUCUUGGCUUUCUGUUGGAUUUACUCUCUGUUCUUCCGCGCUCGUACUCACUUGGUCUAAGGCUUAUGCUACCUACAACGCUAAGUGGCUUUAUAUUGGGUGCACCCUCCUGUUCAUGGCAGGCUCCGCUCUUUGUGGAGCCGCCCCGAGUAUGAAUGCUAUGAUUGUUGGAAGAGCAAUGGCUGGCGCUGGAGGAAGUGGCAUGUACCUCGGCGUCUUGACCCAAUUGUCUGUUAACACAAUCGUCUCUGAACGCCCAUUUUACAUUGGAUUGACUGCCGUUUCAUGGGGCAUUGGAACUGCCAUAGGUCCUGCCGUUGGGGGAGCAUUUGCUGAGAGUGCCGCAACUUGGCGUUGGGCAUUUUAUAUCAACCUUGUCAUCGGUGGUGUAUUUGCGCCGGUCUACAUUAUCCUUCUGCCCUCGGUCGAGCCCCUUCCAAAUGCCACCUCCAAGGAGAAGGCUAAGAACAUUGACUGGGUUGGCAGUAUUCUGUUUGUUGGUGCUUUGGCCACUUUGAUUAUGGGUAUUGAUUUCGGAGACGUGGAGUGGACAUGGGGCAGUGGGCAAUCCAUUGCACUUUUCGUUGUGUCUGGUAUCCUGUUCAUCCUAUUCGGCAUCCAACAGACCUUCUACAUCCUUUGCACUGAGCAGAACAGACUGUUUCCCAUUCACUUCCUCAAGAGGCGCUCGCUACUGCUUCUAUUCAUGCUCAACGCCUGUGCUAGCAGUGGCUUGUUCAUUUCGGUUUACUACAUUCCGCUUUACUUCCAAUUCACUCAGGGUGAUACGGCUGUUCACUCGUCCCUGCGCAUCCUUCCUUUCGUGAUGGUUCUCAUCUUUGUCAUCAUUGCCAACGGCCACAUGAUGUCCAAGUUUGGAUAUUAUCUUCCAUGGUACCUCCUUGGUUCGAUCUUUGAGCUUGUCGCUGCUGCAUUGAUGUACACCGUAAAGACCAACACUUCUGCUAGCGCAAUCUACGGAUACACUUCUCUCAUGGCAGUCGGUGUUGGUGCUUUCAAUCAAGCUGGAUACAGUGUGGUCCAGGCCAAGGUUCCCAAAGCUGAAAUUCCCUGGGCCUUGGGCUUCAUGAUGGUUUCUCAACUGGGAGGCAUCGUUUUGGCCCUUGGUAUUGCCGGUGCUAUCUUCGUGAACAAGGCGACCAGUGGCCUCCUCUCUUUUCUCCCUGACUCUGAUCCUGCAGACAUCAAGAACGCGAUCGGAGGAACGGCUAGUGGGUUCUUCAAUACGUUGUCUGAGAAACAGCAGAGCGGGGCCCUCGACAUUAUUGUUGAAGCCAUGGACGAUGUGUAUAUCCUCCUCAUCUUUGCCGGUGCGCUUGGUACAAUUCUCUCCGUCUUCUUGAAGCGCGAGAAACUUUUCAUUGAAGCGGCUGCCGGCGGUGCUUAG